AUGUCAAUCAACAAAAUCCACUCAAGAUACGUUUACGACUCAAGAGGUAACCCAACUGUUGAAGUUGACUUGGAUACUGAAAAGGGUUCAUUCAGAGCAAUUGUUCCAUCUGGUGCUUCAACAGGAGUACACGAAGCUGUUGAAUUGAGAGAUGGAGAUAAAUCCAAAUGGUUAGGUAAAGGUGUAUUGAAAGCUGUUGCCAACGUAAAUGAUAUUAUUGCUCCAGCUUUGAUCAAGGCCAGCAUUGACGUCACUGACCAAGCGAAAAUUGAUAAAUUUUUGAUCGAUUUGGAUGGUACUGCAAACAAAUCAAAAUUGGGUGCCAAUGCCAUCUUGGGUGUUUCAUUAGCUGCAUCUAGAGCUGGUGCUGCUGAAAAGAAUGUUCCAUUGUACAAGUACAUUGCUGAUCUUUCUAAAGCCAAGCAAGACAAAUUUGUGUUGCCAGUUCCAUUCCAAAACGUCUUGAAUGGAGGUGCACAUGCUGGCGGUGAUUUAGCAUUGCAAGAGUUUAUGAUUGCUCCCAUAGGUGCAAAGACCUUUAGUGAAGGCUUAAGAAUCAACACUGAAGUAUACCAUCAUUUGAAAACAUUGGCUCAAAAGAAGUAUGGUAAAUCUGCUGGUAAUGUUGGUGAUGAAGGUGGUGUUGCUCCUGAUGUUCGCACUGCUCAAGAAGCUUUGGAUUUGAUCGUUGCUGCUAUUGAAGUAGCUGGUCAUAAAGAUAAAGUCCAUAUUGCUGUUGAUGCUGCAUCAUCGGAAUUUUUCAGACAUGGCAAGUAUGAUUUGGAUUUCAAGAACCCCAAAUCCGAUGAAACGAAGUGGUUAACACCUAAUCAAUUAUCAGAGUUUUACGUUGAUUUGUUGAAGAAGUAUCCCAUUGUGUUACUUGAAGAUCCAUUUGCUGAAGACGACUGGGAGGCAUGGAGUGACUUUUACCCCAAAGUUGGUGGUAAAGUUGAAGUCGUAGCUGAUGAUUUGACUGUGACAAAUCCAAUUAGAAUCAAGCGGGCAAUUGAAACCAAAGCAGCUGAUGGAUUGUUGCUCAAAGUUAAUCAAAUAGGUACGUUAACUGAAGCUCUUGAAGCUGCUAAUGAUGCAUUUUCUGCCGAUUGGGGUGUAUUUGUGUCACAUAGAUCAGGCGAGACUGAAGAUACGUUUAUUGCCGAUUUAGUAGUUGGUAUUAGAUCUGGUCAUAUUAAAACUGGAGCACCAGCCAGAUCUGAAAGAUUGGCCAAAUAUAAUCAACUUUUGAGAAUUGAAGAGGAGUUAGGAGAUAAAGCUAUUUACGCUGGUGAACAUUUUAGAACUGCUCAUAAUUUAUAA